CGUGCAAAGGCGGAAGCGCCAGUGAUCUGUCAAGCAGCAUAACGGCUGUGGAGCAGGGAGAGGAUAUUUUAAUCCUAAAUCGGUCUCAUUUUUGACUGAGGCGACAUGGAGGGACAGCGCUGGUUACCGCUCGAAGCGAACCCCGAUGUUAUGAACCAAUUUCUCCGGCAGCUGGGUUUGCAGCCCACCUGGCAGUUUGGGGAUGUGUACGGCCUCGACGCGGAGCUCCUCAGCAUGGUGCCCAGGCCCGUGUGUGCGGUCCUGCUCCUCUUUCCCGUUACGGAGAAGUAUGAAUCCUUUAGGCUGGAAGAGGAGGCCAAAAUUAAGCAGCAGGGACAAGAAGUCAGUCCAGAGGUUUAUUUCAUGAGGCAGACGAUAGGCAACGCCUGUGGAACAAUAGGCCUUAUUCACGCGGUGGCAAACAACCAAGGGCGCCUGGAAUUUGAAUCUGAUUCAGCCUUGAAAAAGUUCCUAAUAGAGUCCAGUUCCCUGAGUCCAGAGGAAAAGGCUACAUUCCUUGAAAGGGAUGAGAGUAUCCGUGUAACUCAUGAAUCCAGUGCACAGGAAGGACAGACAGAGGCCCCAAGUUUAGAUGAGAAAGUAGAUCUGCAUUUUAUUGCUUUCGUGAAUGUUGGAGGACAUUUGUAUGAGCUGGACGGCCGCAAGCCUUUCCCUAUCGUCCACAGAAAAACCACAGAAGAAAGCUUCCUGGAGGACGCUGCAGAGGUCUGUAAGAAGUUCAUGGCUCGGGACCCUGAGGAGCUACGCUUUACUGUGGUGGCCCUCUCCAAAGCAUGAGGCCGGAGGUCCGACCAUGCCCUUUUUGCAAUGGUGAACACAAGGACAAUACUGCCAACAAUUCUCAAGUGCUGAUGAAUUUUAGGACGUUAACAUUUUUUUAAGAGUUAAAUUGCAGUCAUCAAAUUAACGGAUAAUAGAAGACUAUGGACACGCUUCACUCAUAUUUCUCUUGCCAGCUUAUAGAAAAAUUGCAUUAUGUUGCAAAAACAAGGUUUUGACCAGUAUGAUUCUGGUGAAACAGUGGAACUGUACCAUCCCCUUUGAGUUAAUUGUAAGCCAAUCAGUAUUGCUCUAGACCAGGUCUAUUCCGUGCAGUCCUGGAGACAGGAGGAUAGGCGUUUUUCUCCAAAUGGGCAGUGAAUGACCUGAUUCAACCUACUCUUUGGGCUGAGCUCAUUUAGUACAACUUCUGUCUCACUGUUGGAGUAAGGGUAAACUUUGGUGGACUCAGCCCUGAAGGACAAUGUCUGAAAGGUUCUGCUCUAGAUCUGCCAGGUCUGACUUUGCCUGUACUACUGAAAACUUAAGUGCAAGCAAAGAUUUACAUACCGAAUACAUUCAAGAGACAUGCUUACAAGGACAGUUUGUGUGUGUGCUAUAAUUUAUACCACUAACUUUGUGUGCCAUUGUGUUCCAGUUUUCUCCCACAAAUGAAAACUAAUAAACCUUAUUUUGAUCUCUUGAUUACAAGCAGUGCAAAUUCAUCUUUCUUUA